AAACGCAGGAGAGCUGCCGCUGUAUCAACAAAGCGGAGCUGGCAUGCAAGAAGAAAUGUCCGAAUUACGUCUCGACAAAGUGGAGGAAAUGCACUCUCCCUCAGCAGGAGACAACCGGGCCAGCACCCACGCCGACUACGCCUACACCAUCUGUAGAACUGCCCUUACCUACCGAUCCAAUUCUGGGUAUUCCCGUUCCGGCUUUGCCCGUGCCACUUCCCUCUCCGCUUGUCUUACCCUUCCCUGACCUCCCUCUUGUCCCCGGGUGCGAAUGCGAAGAGACGAUGUGCAUUAUGAGCUUUCCGGAAGGAUGUCACUGUCAAUGGAACGUCAAGAAAGACUGCUAUAACAAGUGUGGCGGCGUGUCGCCGGGCAUCAACACUUGCCCAGCUUUGUCAAUACCUCCUGUACCAAAGUCAAUUCUGCGACCGAAGCCAGCUCCGCACGUCCUGCGUCUUCCCGAUCUACCCAAGGUUCCAGGAUGCAAAUGCGAACAGACGAUGUGCAUUCAGAGUUACCCGGACUCGUGCCACUGUGCAUGGAACAUUGCAAAGGACUGCUACGACAAGUGUGGAGGCAAGUCUCCGGGUAUCAAUACCUGCCCUCCCAAGAACUCGUUUGGGGGUGAUUCGUACGUCGACGGCCCGGUAAAGCGGGCUGCUGCACCUGAACCCCAGAGCUCUACGGCGACCAUUCCCGUGACUAUCCCCAAGAUCAGUUUGGGCACUGUCGGAGCUAUAGGAAAUAAGGCAUGUGAUUUUGAAGAGCGCUUUUGCAUCCAGCAGUGGCCUCAGAGCUGCUUUUGCGCCAACGCAAACAAAUAUGCUCGUUAUCUGAGAUGCGGUGGUGCAAUUCCCACUUACCAGACUUGCAGCAGUCCGAUCAUACCCACAACCAUCAAAACCAUCACCCGCACCAUAACCACAACCAUAUACCCCACCCCAACACCUACCGAAGGCCUCCACAGAGUCCAAAUAUGCGGCGGCGGCCGCGGAAAUCAGAACCAAGCCUGCCCUACAGGCUACACGUGUGUCAACGAUCCGUACGUGAACCAGCCCUGCGGCCUCGAAUGCGAUCGCACAGGUAUUUGUGUAGAGGAAAGGCUGUGCGGAGGCUUUGCAGGGUUCAGGUGCUUGACGCCUGGACAGGUGUGCUUGGAUGACCCAAGGGAUGGGUGUAGUCCUAAGACGGGCGGGGCGGAUUGUGGGGGGUUAUGCUUUUGGCCGCCUAGUCUGAGGCAGAAGGCUUAGGCAGAGAAUUCGAAUGUGAAGAAACAAGAUGGGAAAUGUGGCUGUUUUGGAUGGACAUUUGCGGUUCCAUGCAAAAAAAUUAAGUGAUUCGUCCUUGGGAGCUAAUAACGCUAUCUGUUCUGGUUAUCAAGCCUAGGUUUCUGCUUACUCCUUUUACACGCUGUCCAUGCUCAUCCUUCAAGGAGGCUAAUUUUGCAAAGCACCAAACU